AUGUCUACCGAGCACCAACUCCGUGUACACUUCUUCUCGAUUUUCUUCACGUUUGCUCUCAUUUACCAAGAAAUUGAAGGUAUGAACGAUAGCGAAAUUGAUGUUUUUAUGUUAUUGAAGAACUGUUUUAUACAUACAUGCUGGUAAAAUUUUGAUUUAAUGCUAAAGAACUGUGAGUUACAAGAAGGCUUUGAUUUCACGAAGGAAGAAGCAUUGUUCACAAGUAGUUACUUUUUUAUUAAGCCAGUAUCUUUAUGGUCAAAACAUGUCGAAUAGUCGCACAGUGGCACUUAAUAGUUUGUUCUUAUUUCCACCACAGGACUCAGCUUCAAAGCAGGAAAAUUCAAUGUGACCACAACUUUGAGUCUGUUUGCCUGUAAGAAUGUUUCUUUUGAGGAGCCUUUUCACGGUGGACAAGAAAUUAAAAUCUUCAUUUCUAAAAGCCAUGCAACGGAAGGUUCUACUCGAGCUCGUGGAAAUGGUGCAGCAAUUUGGGUGGAAUCUGUGAAUAACAAGGCAUUUACUGUCUGUGUUUUGGAGUACGGAGAUGGCUCAAGUGGCGCUUCGCAAGUGAACUGGAUGGCGCUGCAAUCUGUACCUACUGGCGCUCAACUAGGCACAGCUUCUUUAAACGCCUGGACUACUGGAACAAAGUGUAAAAGAAUCGCUUUUGAAAAGGUUCGAUUAGUUCAGUUUUUCAUCUUUUUUUGUAAUUUCAUUUCUUUUGUCUACAAAAAAAACCCUUCAGCCUUUCACUUUAUACUCGUUAUUUCAUAUGUCUAUUCAUAAAAAGUGCUAGAGUCAUGCCCAAGUUUCAGAGUGUUUGACAACGUUGUUGUUGUUGCUAUGCAGGUGGUGUGACGUGUUUUCUUACUAUUACCUGUUAUAUCAUAUUUCUUGAAGAGAUGAAAAGUUUGAUUGAUAGACUGGGAUAAACUCAACAAAAUAAUGUUAUUUUUAUCAGUUACCGUGACGUCAUUAAUGUGGCGGCCAUAUUGGCUGCCAUCUUGAAUUUUAUUUAAAAUUCGUUUUUUGCUAAAAUUUGUCUUAAUGACAUUAAAUUUGAGAAUUAAGUUUGAAGUAUGCUAUAAUCAAAUAUUUUUCUUUUUUUGGAACUAUGCUAUGUGUAAUUUUUUUAUAAAGAAAGUAACGCGCAUUUUUCUUAGAAGUGGCUAGCCUUAUGCUAUUUAUGACGUCAUAUCUUGCUACCAUAGCAGCCUUCCAUGACCAAAUUUGAACGGAAUUUGCCCUAGGAAUAAAAUGAGCAGUUGCUAAAAAGAAAAGGCCUUGGCUAAAAAUCCGUUUUUGAAAAUAUUGGGCAAAACCUGUGCGCUUCUACCAAUUCAAUUGAUGUUAAAUUUCAAGUUCUAAAUCUUCAAUCUCUUUCUUGUUCUUAAUUUGUUUUGACAGAGAAGAACAAAUUAAGAACAAGGAGGAGAUUAGAGUAAAGAAAAAGAAAUAGAGGAGAAAAGAUAGGGCUUUAAAGGACCAGAAAGCCGAGUAAACUGAAGCAGCUAAAGAAGAAAAUAUAUAGAAAAUUAGAUCAAGAAAAUAAAACAACUUUUCAGAAACAAGUGGGUCAAGUAAAUAUAUUAUUGGAACUUCUAACGGUAUUUAGUCUUGCAAUUGUAUACCCUGAAGAAGGCAGCAUUGCCGAACCGUCGGUUAAGAUUGUUAUAAUAACAGGUCAGUUUUACAAUUUUUAAAUUUACAUUAGUUACUACGCUGCGCAAGUUUUUUAAUCUCUAUUUACACAAGUAAAUAUAUUACUUAAAGUAACAGACUAAUAAAAGAUGAGAAAUAAAUGAAGAGUUGAAGAAACUGAAAAAAAGAGCAGUGAACUUAUAGUUUAUGUCCGAGUUAAAUAAACCUGCAGGUAGAUUUAUUUAGAAAAGAUGCUGGGGAAAAAAAGAAGGAAGUAAUAGAAGGGUUUAAAAAGUAAAAAAAACAAAAAACACUGAAACAAAUUUUGGUUUGCUUUUCUUGAUUGUUUUGUCUGUUUUCCUGAUUUUCGUAUCUUGUCUCUUUCUGACUACUAAACAUGGCCAAAGAAAAAUGAUUACAAAAAAAUUCAACUUUCAUUUGUAAAAUCCUAAGAAAUAUUUGAUUAAUCUAUACAAGACUCUCAUAAAAAAGUUCCUUUGAAAUAGUGACACAAUGCUUCGUCCACAAAUUUAAGAGUUAGAGUACGAAAAUAUCACGCCAUAAUGUGGUCUAGGAAUAAAGGGGUUGAGUGUUUUUUUAAAUAUUUAUUUCAUUUAACACUCCACUUUACCUGCCCUCGAUGCGCUACAGUGCUGCUUUCCAUGGUAGAACUUAUAGUUUCCCUCCUUUGUCAUCUUUGUUCCUUGAAAAUAUUUUAUCGAUAAUAUCAUUUGUUCAUAUUUUUCCUCUUUCAGCGUUUCCAGGCUCUUCCAAAUAUCUUCGUCACUGUUCGUCACCAGGUUCUUAAAAGACCUCAAGACGCUUUGGCCCUGUGGGUAGAUGACUUGCGCAAGGACAGUUUUAAACUCUGCGCCAGAGAAAUUAAGAGUUUUGAUGGAAUUCACAAAAAUAUCAAAGUCGUAAGUAAUAAUCCAGAUAAUUGCUUUCUUCGAAAGCUAAUUGUUUUGUUAGUAGUGGAGUCUUUUGGAACUAAGUAGAAUUGCGCGAACUCUUAACCACAGAACGAGUUUUAUGCACUGUUAUGUUGGUAUUUUCAUUAACACCAAUAUAGAUUGUUUUUCGUACAAAACAGUAGGCAAAACUCUACAAUAGCUUAUUCAAAAUUGCCGCGGCUCAGUAUCGUCAUACCUUGUAAUCGUAACAACUUUUUGCAACAAAAUUUGUGAAAAUGUGCCUGAGGAGGAAAUGAACGUUUAAUAAAAACGUUGAUGCUCGAUUAUUUUUCUAUCCCAUCAAUCCCCCGCCCCCCGUCUUGUGCAUUUGAGAGCAGAGCAAAUAUUAAAUAAGUGGCGUUGUUGGGUACCCUUGCUUUGCUUUCUUCUUGGUUUGAAAGCAUAAUGACCGUAAGAACAAGUGUUACAUUUAUAGGCUCAAAAUUCUUGCUUCAUAUCUUUACCUUUUCCCUGCAGGAUUGGAUGUCUUUUACCAAAUUGAAGACUGACAAUUUCACCUUGACUGAUAGUCUCGUGUUUACAAACAACAACUCACCACCAAACAAACAGGACAACAACGCUCUUUGCCAGGUAGUACCAUUUGACUCGUGUGUUAAGGCUUGCCUCAACUAAUUUGUGGGCUUUAAUUUCAAGUAGAAACAUUUCUCUCAUCUUCACUUGGUAAGCAGUUUUCUAUCCACGCUUGAUUCUAUUUGAUGCUGAUUUUUAUUGUCUGUCUAAGUCACGUGGCUGGCAUUGGCCUUCUAACCGUCAAAAUGUUUCACCGAAAAUGGGGAAUACUUAGUCAAACUGUAUUCUCCUUACUUUAUCGUGUUUCUAAGGCUUCUAGCCAGAGCGGUAAUAGAGUGCCAGCUUUUAAUUAUGCCCACGCAUGUUUUGUCGGAAACCGUCAGUUACGAGUCUCGUCACGUGACUUAAUAACAUACUAGAAACUGAUAAGGUAUAGAAUGAAUACCGUUUUAAAAGGAAGAAUCGCGUUAACAACCAUCUUUAGACCAUUUUGACGUCUAAAAUUUGCGAAUGUUUGAUAUGCGAAUGUAUCCAAUAAAAAAACACGUUUUGUGACGUCAUCAGGAGCGGAAAAUUACUUGACGCUAUAUAACACUUCUGUACGAUCAAACAAGACAAAUGUUAAUUCUUCAAGUUUCACAACUGAAACAAACUUAUUCUUAUUCUGCAAACGUGAUUUCUUAAAACUCUACUGGGGGUCCUCUAUUUUAACAAAUCCAAGCCUUGAUGUACUCGAGUAUGGCGUUCAGCAUUGAACACUUCUGUUUUCUUCUUUCCUCUACUUGUUUCUGUUAUUCAAAUUUAGCUCACUAGAUAAUAUCUUUGAAUAUAUUGUAUCCUUUCAAAAGAAAAAGUUCCAUUUUUCACCGUAUUUGGUUGGUAGGAGGAAUGAGAAAAUGGAUGUUAAGGUAGUUUUUCUUGGAAAGUGAUUACCUAUUUCUUAUGCUAUUUUUUUUAAUCUUGGUUUCAGAAAGUCAAGUUCCAGGAUGCUUUUUAUGCCCCUCCGGUUGUACUGGUGUCUCCAAGACUUGGUUACAAUAACAACAAAUCACGUUUCUCAGGAUCUGCACCAUGUAACUUAGUUACUGCCUGGGUUGAGGUUAGAAAAUAUAGUCUGCGUAUUCUUCCUGUGGUUCUAAUAGGGAGAAUUUGUUUAAAAUUAAAGAAAUGUUGUUUUUACCGUUGUCCUUAUACUCACGGUAAAAACUUAGAUUUUUGCAACGACGUAUAGCGAGGUAUGUAAAGGGAAUGAAGGCUAUUUAACUGGUUUCUCAUUUUCAUAUAAUUAUGGCAAAUAUCCUUCCUAAAUGAUGGUACAUUAAGCUGUUUUUACGAAUAGUAAAACCAGGCUUUCCGCUAAGGAAACGCUCGUAAGAACUUUUUUGCAGACUUGUGCGUUGGAAACUGAGUUUUUUUUAUAGUUUUGUACUCGUUUUGUUCCUUAAAACAAAGGUGUAAGAUCUAACAGGUUCUUAACAAUUCAGUAUACGCGAUUUUUUACUCUUCUUGAACUAACCUUUAUUUUUAACCAUCAAUAAAUCGACAAGUCAGUUGAAAUUCGAAAAAAAAAUUUUGCAUGAAAUUUUUGGUUUUACUAACAUAUAUUGAACAGGUUUACUCUAAUUCAACAAAAUGCUGUAUUUUGUGAAAUGUUUUUCGCUGUUUUGGAAUAUGUCUAGAAUACAUCUACAAACGAAACAGAAAUGUGCGUGAGAAGCUACAACAAAGACGCGAACGAUAAGGAUAUCAUAAAGGUCGAUUAUGUGGUAAUUGGAGGUACGUAAUAAGUUAUGUAAUGUAAAAUGAGGGAACAGUAAUGACUUUCAUCUUUAGACAAUCACGGUGCUCUCCUAACAAUUAUACAUAAUAGUG